CUCACCCCCUCCCUCCCCCGGUGGCCAGUGGGCGAGAGGGGGGAGACCAGCCACACUCAGCGGACAAGCCGGUGCGCGGAUCCGCGCACGGAGGUGGGAGGCUCACCCCAGUCGUCAUCGUCAUCACCACUGUUUUCUCCCCCUCCAGUCAUCGUCUCCCAUCGGUCCUGGACGCCCCUGCCUCGGUCGUGCCGAUUCCCCCCCAGCUUUGCAUCUGAAUGACGGGCGGAAGGUUCGACUUCGACGACGGCGGCACUUACUGCGGGGGUUGGGAGGAUGGCAAAGCCCACGGCCACGGCAUCUGCACCGGACCCAAGGGCCAGGGCGAGUACGCGGGCUCUUGGUCGCACGGCUUCGAGAUAGUCGGCGUGUACACCUGGCCCAGCGGGAACACCUACAAGGGCUACUGGUCGCAGGGCAAGCGGCACGGGCUCGGCGUGGAGAAUAAAGGCAAGUGGAUCUACCGCGGGGAGUGGAGCCACGGUUUCAAGGGGCGAUACGGCGUCCGGCAGAGCCACAACACGCCUGCGAGAUACGACGGCACCUGGAGCAACGGGCUCCAGGACGGAUAUGGCGUUGAAACCUACGGCGAUGGAGGCACCUAUCAAGGCCAGUGGAUGGGUGGUAUGCGCCAUGGUUACGGCGUUCGCCAGAGCGUUCCUUAUGGGAUGGCGACUGUUAUCCGCUCGCCGCUUCGUACAUCCAUGGCUUCCCUGCGCUCUGAGCAGAGCAACGGCACCGCGCUUCACGACCUCUCCUCCCCCGCAGACACGCCCAUGGGCAACCGUGGCGGCUUCGUGCUAAACUUCCACUCGGACAGCGAGGUGGUGACGGGCAAGAAGAAGGGCCUCUUCCGUCGGGGUUCCCUCUUCGGGAGCCUGCGGCAGUUGCGUAAGUCUGACUCCCGGACCUCCAUCUCCAGCAAGCGCAGCUCGGCACGCAGCGACGCCACCAUGAGCCGCAUCAGCUCCAGCGACGCCAACUCCACCAUAUCCAUCGGCGACGGCGAGCUGCAAGACGAGGAUCUUCUCUUGGAGGACCACGUGGACGCCACCACCACCGAGGCCUACAUGGGCGAAUGGAAGAACGACAAGCGCAACGGAUUUGGCGUUUCAGAGCGAUCCAACGGGAUGAAGUACGAGGGAGAGUGGCUGAACAACAAGCGCCAUGGUUACGGCUGCACAGUUUUCCCAGAUGGCACCAAAGAAGAAGGAAAGUACAAAAAUAACGUGCUGGUGCGUGGUAUAAGGAAGCAGCUGAUUCCUCUAAAGAACCCCAAAACCAAAGAGAAGGUAGAUCGGGCAGUGGAGGGGGCGCAGAGGGCAGCAGCUAUCGCCAGGAGCAAAGUGGAAAUAGCCGCUUCCAGGACAGCCCAUGCCAGGACUAAGAGCGAGGCGGCAGACCAGGCCGCCAUCUCUGCAGUGCAAGAUGCCGAAAUCGCCAGAGCAGUUGCUAGGGAGCUUGCGCCAAACUUCUACCAACCAGGGCCUGACUACGUAAAACAGCAGUUUAAAGAGCCCGUGGAGAUUAAGGAGGUCCCCGUUGAAAAGAAAGACGACUCGCCAAGCGAUUCUCCCCAUUUUUACCGCAAAGGUACCACCCCUCCUCAUUCCCCAUUGAAUAGUCCUGUGGGCUCUCCUCCCCACUCACCUCACUCCAGCAAGAAGAAAGGCCAUCUCGCCAACAACAACAGCCGUAAAAGCAGCAAGGAGGAGCAACCUUCCCGUAAAACAAGCAAGGAGGAAAGGUCCGCCCACAAAACCAGCAAAGAUGAACGUUCGAGCAGGAAGCCAAGCAAAGAGGAGAGGAUGUCCGUCCCCGAUGGCCCCAAAGCGAUUCAUAUGCACAUCGAGGCUCCCCCUAAACCUGCUAAACUUCAACAGCCGAGCCCUCCAACCGUUGCCCCCGCACAACCUCCUGCAGUCCCGGUCAAUGGCCAGCUCCACACAGAGUACCACAGUUACUACGUCAAGGCGACAGUAAAGGGUCUUCCACCCCCUGACCCAGAGGAGGACCCAGAGGAAGAGCCUAGUUCCCUGACCCUGGCACACCUGCCGCCACAGCCUCGGUCUACCCCGACCCCGAAGCCGGCCUCUAUACGGGACAGCAAGAGUGACCCGAAACUCAGGAAGCAAGAUUCCCUAAAGCCAAAGAGCCUCGCAGACACAAAGAAAUCCAGUAUGGAGAUUGGAGAAACCGCAGAGGAAACGGGUCCUAACUCCAUCCUUGUCGCUAUGGUAAUGCUGUUGAAUAUCGGCCUUGCAAUUAUAUUUGUCCAUUUUCUGACAUGAUAGUGCUCAUUCUCAGUGAAAACACGGCAAGUUAUGCAGUUGCCUUGAAAAAAGAAAAUGGCGCCGACGAGUCAUGGUGGCAGCCGGAGGUGUUUGGUUGACAGCAUGACACCACAGAGAAUCAGGAGGAAGGUGUCACUACCACCGACCUAUCACAGGCCCCACGUGGACCACCCCUGCCAAUUAGCAGUCCUUUGGGCUUCUGGAAAAUCUGAGGUGAAACGUUGUGUCUAAUGAGUUAUAAUAAACCAAUCAAAUGUAGUGGAAGUCAUUUCAACCCGCUGGCGCUGAGGCGAGCACCAGACCCUGCAGCCAGAGGAGGCAGCGGGCUGACGGACUUUGCUGCCGGGAGAAAGCGGAGCUGCACUUUUAGAUGACGGGCGCAAACAGCUGCCCUACUAUUUUGCCACCGCGAGGAGGUGACGAUGGCGAGGCGGGAGUGAGGUGUUUAACAGUCGCAGUGGGAACAUGCGGAGCUUUAUUCAGGGGUGGGGGGUUCCCGCCGCUUUAUACAACAGGAAGCUGGCCCUGGCUUGUUGCUAAGCAGUCAGUGCUGGCACAGUCACUUGCCAGUCUUACUGUUUUAAAAGCUCUAAAUGUUUCUCCAGCUCCAUCCAAGAUUGCUCAAAACAACUCCCCGUUGCAUGGUACUGUUUUGGGAUUUUCUUUUUAUUGUAUUUUGUUUGUUCUUUGUUGUUCUUGGGAUGGUGGUUACCUUUAUUUUUCAAAUCCCACACCAUUUGAUUUGUAAUUUAUUUUAAAUGCAAGUGCAAUAUGUUUUAUUUUUUCAAAAGAGCUUGGAGUAUAUUUUGCCAAAAAAUAAAUUAUAUCAUUAUUCCGAAAGUAGAAUUUACCGCAUUGGUGGGGAACCAACGUCUUGCGAGUCGUUAUACCAUCCAGGAGAAUUUGAUUCGGUCCAGCACUCGAUUCUAAAAACAAAUAAAACCUUCAAGUACCUGUUUUUAUAUAACAUUUUAUCCACAAAUGCUCAUAAAAUAUAGUAAUAAACAUUAGUUUUGUCGUUGCGUCAUAUUCCUUCAUAAAUUUAGUAUGGCCUUCGGGAGGAUUGAAAUGGACCCAUACAGGAAAAAGGUUUCCUUCUGCUGAAGUCGAUUGACAGCUGGCAAAGGAUUUUUUUAUUAUGAUUUUUUUACGCUGGCUGUUGAGAGUAGCGUUAACAAUGGUCUUAUUGUUAUUUAUUGAAAUCCAAAUAAAAUGUUUGACUACAUAUUGCAACACAUGACACCACUGGGCUUUAAUUCCCUCUGUGUUUUCUCCACUGUGCACUAUUGUUUUAGUCUAGGAUGGAAAGGCUGCUGUAACAGUGACUUAAGCGCUUUUGGGGAGGUUGGAAACUUGAAUUUAUUCAGGUUGACAUGGGGGAGGGGGGGCGGGGGGGAGAUGGCGGCCGGGGGGGGGAAGAGGAAUGAUGCCUUUAAAAGUCUUUAACAGUACCACUGUUUACCUUAUUCAAAGAUGAGGACAUUGACAGGUGCCAUCCUUGUCUUAAUUAAUAUUGUGCAGGUUACUUGUGACUGUAGUCAUUUGCUGAGUCAUGCUUUUUAAUGAGUUAACUCACCUCAUAGGAACUGUGUGUCAUUUCUAUUGCAGCUAAGGCAUGACUUUCUUUGACUUUCGAAAAAAGAAAUAUUUAUAUAGUUUAUUGUCAUGACUAAAGAUUAAAUGUUUCUAUGUGUCUGUAAACACUGGUAAUCAUUAGGGAUGGGCAGUUGAUUAAAUUCCCUUCAUCGACUUUUGGCGAAAUUAACGGUGAAUAAAUUAAUUAUUUUUUGAUUUUCUAAAUAUAUUUUCUAUUAGUUGUAGAUAGAAGAAAAUGAAUGAAAAUUUGAGUCUUUAUGUAAAGGAGGCGUAUUAUGCAAUUUUUCACAAUUUUAAAGAGUUCCCAGGUGUCUUAAUGAAAGGUCUGACAUUCUUCCAUGACAAUAAACAAAGGGAAAGUAUUACAUCACGCUUAACAUCCACCUUUCAAACUCUGGUUUAAAUCUCUGCUUUGGGGGGGGGGGGGGGGGCUGAUCUGUCUCAUGCAAAUGUGAGUGCAUCUUUUGUUACCCUGACAACUGUGGCGGAGCCUUAUUCUCCCAUUUGUGGAUUAGUCUUUUUUUUUUUUUACACGCCUGGCUUGCACAUCUACAAGGUAUGCUCAUUCUCCCCUAAUGACGUCUGACACACCCACCAUGCGUAAGCAGCUCAUUAUGUGCACAAUGACCCAGGAGGCGUGACUCAUUGAAGUCUGAGGCUCGCUGUAAUUCCUGGAGCGUGGAGUUUUCCUGAGAUAUGUGAAUGCCAUAGAAAUCCAUUUGGAAAACAUGGCGCAUUUUGAAUGUGAAAUUAACUUCCGUAGCGCAUACAGAAGUUAAGGCCUCUUUAUACUCCCGCGCUCGCGUAGCCGACAAUGCCUGCAUUGCCUCACGUGACCAACGAAUUGGCCCGCGCGGCCCCGCUGCGUCACUUGACGCACACAUGGCAAAAAUUGUUGCUGCGCGUAGAAUGCCGCGGAAAUCAUCUCUCGUGAUUGGUCCGUUUUAGUCACAUGCUGUGAUGACGUACUCAGCGUGCCUCUUGGUUCUACAUACCAUCUACACCGCCACCUUCUUAAUCGAUUUUGCAGCGUAAUUAAAUGUAUCAUCUGGUCAUCUAGGUCCAUUUGUUCUAGCAGACACUGUUCCAUGGUCGCCAUUGUUGUUGCUUUGUUCCUUUUUACGGAAAGGAAAGUAAAAACUGCUACCGGAAAUGGCCAAAAAUGCAGAGAAAACUCCAUCCUGUGUUGUCCUAGCAAAUACCAGCUGUAGCGACACCCCUGACUUGGAGGUGAACUGCAGUACAUUUUCAAAACAGCACACGUGGGUUGCGCUCAAGUAUAAAGGCAAACUGCGAGCGGGAUAGCUGCAGUGACGUCAGCGCGGUCGCCGCCCGCGUGAGUAUAAAGAAGCCUUUAAUCGUCGCCAGUGAGAUGUCGCACUGCUGAUCUGCCCAUCGCUCCACCACACUUUGGAGGAGAGCAUGUUUUUUGAUUCUGUAUGAAAUAUAUCCAGUAAAAGUAAUGUAAUCAGAAUACUGUGCUUAGGACUGAACACGUUUGGAGGUCCAUCAUAGGCCGACAUAGAUCAAAUAAAAACUAAUUAUUAAAACUCUAACUCACCGUUACGAUUGUGAGUGGUGCUUCCAGACAAACUCCAAGCCGAAAGCAGGAUGUUUCAAGCUGAAAUGCCCCUCACAGGUAUUAAAAAAAGCCAAAGAAAAUAAAUAAAGCCUGCUGGCACAGAUAUUUUUUGCGCUAAUUAAUACAUUUAAAUAAUAUGUCAACAUUCAACUGUCUGCGUAAUCUGGUCGGGACACAUUACGGCCGUUGGGCAGUCGGUGAGUGUAUAUCUAUACCAGCAACACGAGUUAGCCACGCGCGCCGUCAUCGGGCAGUUAAGCUAAACAAAAUGUGCAUUAUGAUGUUUCACCUUCACGGGGCGCAAGGCUUAACAACAGCUGCGGAAGAGGAAAAGUGCUUAAGUCUACAAGCGAAUGCACAUAGUUUGCAUCCCUGUCCAAAUUUGCCAGAGAACACCCACAUACAGGGUUGCUCCACCCAGAGUGUGCACCUUGCUUGUGGGUGCGUGCUAAAUGACAGGUUUUGUCUUGACCGGAGAAUGCGCGCAGCCAGAAAGCUGCGCAGCUACACGCCUUUUCUGACUUAAGCACACGGGAGAAUAUAGCACUUAGUGACUUUUACGACCCCCUCGUGACUUUUUGUGGUGUUAUUAGAGACUUCUGGAGACUCUGCAACUCCCUCCAGAGCAAGAGAUGUUCAGCCCUCUGCUUCCAGACUCCAAAUGAAUGGCGCUUGCACAAAGCCACCACUGGCUAAUUUAACCAUAACCACCCACUACUUAAGCUCAUCUGUGCUAACUAACACUGGAACUCUGCUUACCUUUUGGCUUUGACAUGAUAGUGCUUCUGUGAAUUCUGGCUGCCGGGUUUUAUGCGUCACUUGAUAGUGGCGAAUCUACGGCGGCUGUUAUAUAAACUAUCUGACUUGGUCCAAAUUCAUAAUGGCUUGCUCACAUUUAAAAAAUUACACGGAUGAAAGGUAAAUUUUAUGUCACACUUGAUGGGUGGGCAGGAACCCCAGAGACCCACCUAUUUGUAUACAAACAAUUAAAACAAAUUCAAGUUUCAAUUUUACGUAAUCUAACCCCUUAAAAAACAUAAGAGCACAACCAUGUCCUACUUUAGACUGCUACUGAAUUAAAAGUGACUUAACAAUCAGUUCAGCACAUGAAUAUUUAAUGAACAAAUAAUCAAUUAUUAUGCCCAUCUCUAGUCAUCAUAAAAAAGGGCUUUAAUAUUGAUUCGUGUUCAAUGCUUCAAACCCAUAACAAAAUCGGAAUCUAACAAUUAUAUGUGUAAUUUAUCACAUUUGAAAGAACACUUUACAGAUACAUAAAAUGCAAACUGAGAGCACAACUCCACAAAAGAAGCAUUCUAAUGUGAUGUGUUAAAAUUUAAAUAUAUCAAAUCAUUAAAAACAGCGUUAGUCAGUUCAAAUAACAUCAUAUUUGAUUAUUUAUUCACUUUUUCUUUUGUACACCCUAUUUUGUCUUCAGAACCAUGCAGACAUGAGUUUUGAGGGUUGAAAUGCACAGUCUGUUUUUGGAACCUUUGUUUUUUUAUCUGCAACAUUGCAUCUUGGAGACAUUUAUAUAUAAACAAUUCUAUACUAUUUCUAAGUAUUUUUACAGAGCAUAAUACAGAAUCUGUUAUGAGUAUGGGUAUUUUUCUAACAAUUUGCACACCUGUAUUUUGACAGUGGCUAUAACUUGUUUGUAUUGGUAAUGUAAAUGUUUGACAGUGACAUGAAAAGAAGAAAGACACUUCUAAUUGGUUGUACUGUAUGUACUAUUUGGGGACGUGAAAGGCAGAUAGAUGUUUCCUCUGAGUAUUUUUGGAAAAUGCUGAGGACUUUUGAGAUCUCAAGGCUCAUAAUUUGUGCAAAUUCUUUUGAGAUGAAUUUAUGUAUACAAAUAAAGAUGUUAUGCCUUGUUAAA